GGACGGAUAAGCGCAACAUAUCUCCAAAUUCAAUGUGAAAUAUACCAUACUAAUAUCGGGUAACAUAACCUCAAUGAAAUCAAAACAAUUUCGGCAACUCGCUGAAUUUAUGUACCCUCAAAAAACCAUUAGAUAGAAACGGUGAAUUGUGAAUAAAUGAAUGAAGUCUUUAAGAGUAACGGAAAAAAAUUGUUAAGAUGACGCCACCGAUGGAAAGAAUCCAAAUAUUAGAAACGAUUGAGAAGGAUAUAAUCGUCUGUUUACAGAGUGCAGGUCAAGCUCUGAUGGAGUUGAGUAAAGAGAAAUCGAGUUUGAAACAAGCAGAGGGUCAAACUCAUCAAUUCCUGAAAACCCUUAGCCACGUUGAGUCAAAGCUCAGCGAACAGAUCAAUUAUUUGACCCAAGUUUCUACAGGUCAACCCCAUGAAGGAUCUGGAUACGCAAGUCAAAAAGUAUUGCAAAUGGCAUGGCACAGAUUGGAACAUGCACGUAGCAGAGUCAACGAAUUGGAGCGUUUAAAGAAUAAACAUCUUUAUGGACACUCGAGCAUACGAUCGAGCCAAGCUCCACCACCUCCUCCUCCUCCGCCGUCCUCGGCUUCCAGUACUCCCAUGCAAAUGUCUCAAAGUAAUAUAAGCUCGUAACUUUAUUUACAUAUUUAUAAAUAAUCUUAAAUAAAUAAUUUUUCAAUCUG